GUCCGCAAAACAUACACACAUCUUGAUACUCGCUUUUUGGGAUCGCUAAAUCUGGCUCUACGUCUCCGCCAGUCUGUUUUGACCCAAUUGAUUCGACAAAGAGCAAUCCUGAACAAAGCAAUCAUGACUGAUCAGCCCACCGACGCCCGAGAGCGUCUUCGCCAAAACUUCCUCGAUCACGACCCAAAGCAGCACCCCAAUCGCUGGGAGCACCUUUGGCAGCAAGACGACCUGCCCUGGGACAAAGGCUUUGCUUCUCCGGCUUUGGCUGAUGUUUUGGCUGAUCGCAAGGAUCUGCUCCCUGCCGCUAACUCGGGCCGCCGUCUCCGCGCUUUGGUGCCCGGAUGCGGUAAAGGCUAUGAUGUGCUUUUGCUUGCCAGCUGGGGCUUUGACGCUGUUGGUGUGGAGGCUGCUGCCACGGCUGUCAAGGCUGCUAAUGCUGAGUCAAAGGGUUGGGAGGAGAAGCCUGAGUAUGCUGUCAAGGACGAAGCGAAGGGCCGCGGAAGUGCCAAGUUUGUUUUCGGCGACUUCUUCGAGAAGGACUGGGAGAAAGACGCAAUUGGCGAGGAUGGUUCCAAGGAAGGACAGUGGGAUCUGAUCUACGACUAUACUUUCUUGUGUGCUUUGCCGCCAACACUGCGACCCAAGUGGGCUGCCCGUCAAUCGUCUCUACUCUCACCGACUGGCCGUUUGAUUUGUCUCGAGUUCCCAACUUACAAGCCUCCUUCGACUGGUGGUCCACCAUGGGCUCUCCGCCCGGAGACCUACCUUGCUCACCUUACCCAGCCCGGCAAGGAGGUCGAGUACGACGGAGAAGGGCUUGCCAUCUGGAAUGAAAGUCAAGCCCCUGGAGCUGGAGCUCUGGAGAGGAUUGCGCACUGGAAGCCUGAGAGAACUCACAAGAUAGGCGAAGGUACCGAUAACGUCAGUAUCUGGAAAAGGAAGUAGACGAGAAGAGGACACAAACGCCGCCGAAGAUGCCGAACUUCGAAGUAGAUGAAACUCCUCAUCUCUGCUCCGCUCUGCCACUGUUCACCCGUCCAAAUUCCCGUUGCCUCGAGUUCUUUACUUGCAAUCACACUACUUUGUCUUCUCAUAUUCAACGUUGAAUCAGAGUCGUCGUACAGGCAAAUUGAUUCAGAAAGCUGCAUGUGUUCUCAUAUCAUCGCUAUCAGGAGUCCGGGCCUCGAUCGAGUUCUCGAGCUCUUGUAACUGACACAGCGGCGAGAGGACGCGGAUGGUACCUGUGACCUGUUCUGAGAAGGCUUGAAUUGUAUGGUAUCGGCAAAUACUGUGUAGAUAGUCUCUAGAGAGGUACAAGUUGUCCAAGCAUCAUAGACCCCGACUAUUGGUCAUAACAGUCUGCUUGCGGCCGCGAAGAUGUGUUCCAGCCUUACUACAUGAUGUUGAGGCUCCGAGCUCC